CCGAGCACUCGGAGGCUGACGUCACCAAAAUGGUGGUGCUCUGAGCUUCAAGUGCCAGUGAGGAGUGGAAAAGCAACAACCGGAGCCGGAGCUGUUAGUGCCUUCCCUUUCCUUUCCCUUCCCGCCCCUGCCUCCCCUUUUCCCUCCCCCAAUCGGACCGUCACUUCGUUCCUGUCUCUCUCAAUGUCGGAUAACCAGAGCUGGAAUUCUUCCUCCGAAGAGGAUCUGGACACCGAGUCCGGGCCGCCUGUUGAGCUGUGCGGGAUACUGAGCAAGUGGACCAACUAUAUCCAUGGGUGGCAGGACCGAUGGGUGGUUUUAAAAACCAACACUUUGAGUUACUACAAAUCGGAGGAUGAAACCGAAUACGGUUGUAGGGGAUCAAUCUGUCUAAGCAAAGCUGUCAUUACCCCCCAUGAGUUUGAUGAAUGUCGCUUUGAUAUCAGUGUGAACGACAGUGUGUGGUAUCUCCGUGCCCAAGAUCCAGACCAUAGACAACAAUGGAUAGAGGCCAUUGAACAACACAAGGCAGAAUCUGGCUACGGGUCAGAAUCAAGUCUACGGCGUCAUGGCUCCAUGCUUUCUCUCACAUCUGCAGCAAGUGGUUAUUCUGCCACAUCCACCUCCUCAUUCAAGACUUCCGUUGGGCCAGUUCAAGAUCUCAACCAACAGAAAGGCCAUAGCUUGCGUGAAAAACUUGCUGAAAUGGAAACCUUUCGUGAUAUCCUAUGCAGACAAGUUGAUACACUACAGAAGUACUUUGAUGCAUGUGCUGAUGCUGUCUCUAAAGAUGAACUCCAAAGAGAUAAAGUAGUUGAAGAUGAUGAAGAUGCUUUUCCAACUACACGCUCGGAUGGAGACUUUAUACAUAACAAUAAUGGCAGCAAAGAGAAAUUAUUUCCAUGUGUGACACCCAAAGGGAUUAAUGGAAUAGAUUUUAAAGGUGAGGCUAUCACCUUCAAAGCUACUACAGCAGGAAUUCUGGCUACACUUUCUCACUGUAUUGAACUGAUGGUGAAGCGAGAAGACAGCUGGCAGAAGAGAAUUGAUAAGGAGAUUGAAAAGAGGCGAAGAUUGGAAGAUGCUUACAAGAAUGCAUUGUCAGAGCUUAAGAAAAAGUGUCACUUUGGUGGACCUGAUUAUGAGGAAGGUCCGAACAGUUUGAUAAAUGAGGAAGAAUUCUUUGAUGCCGUUGAAGCUGCUCUUGACAGACAAGAUAAAAUUGAAGAACAGUCUCACACAGAGAAGUCAAGAAUUAAUUGGUCAGCUGCUCUGCCGUUUGGUGAUUCCUUCUCAGCAGUUGGUACACACAGAUUUGCCAAACAGCCCUUUAGUCGCUCUUCCUCCAUGUCUUCCAUUGAUCUAGUCAGUGCCUCAGAUGAUCACAGAUUCAGCACCCAGGUUGAAGAAAUGGUGCAAAAUCACAUGCAGUAUUCUCUACAAGAUGUAGGUGGUGAUGCGAAUUGGCAGUUGGUGGUGGAAGAGGGAGAAAUGAAGGUCUACAGGAGAGAAGUAGAAGAAAACGGGAUUGUCUUAGAUCCUCUCAAAGCAACACAUUCUGUCAAAGGAGUUACAGGUCAUGAAGUAUGCCAUUACUUCUGGAAUGUCGAUGUUCGCAAUGACUGGGAAACAACCAUUGAAAAUUUCCACGUGCUAGAAAUUCUAUCGGAUAAUGCAAUCAUCAUCUACCAGACACACAAGAGAGUUUGGCCAGCUUCACAAAGAGAUGUUCUUUACCUAUCUGCAAUUCGAAAAGUUCCAGCUACAAAUGAAAAUGAUCCGGAUACGUGGCUUGUCUGCAAUUUUUCUGUGGACCAUGAUAGUGCACCUCAGAAUAACAGAUGCGUGCGGGCCAAAAUAAAUAUUGCCAUGAUCUGCCAGACACUAGUAAGCCCACCAGAAGGAAACCAGGCAAUCAGCAGAGAUAACAUCCUAUGCAAGAUCACGUAUGUAGCUAAUGUAAAUCCUGGAGGAUGGGCACCAGCAUCAGUACUUCGAGCAGUUGCAAAACGUGAAUAUCCCAAAUUCCUCAAACGUUUCACGUCCUAUGUACAGGAGAAAACUGCAGGCAAAGAUAUUCUCUUCUAGUAUCUAGAGUUUUCAGCAUGGAUUUGCUGCUGUUUUGACCAUGCUUUCCUCAGCAAUCAACAUGCCGACAAGAAGGUGCCCUCCUACGCUUGAGGAUCACAGUGACUUCAUGCUGGUCCGAUGAAUUUCCAGCAUUCUUUCCCCUUGUAAGCCAGUCGUGGUCCUCAGCCUGCGCCUAAUUGAUGUAGGCUGUCAUUUCACGUCUGUGGCUGAUCUGUUCCAUUUUUGUGUGUCUGUGUUAUUCAUCUGUAUGUGAAGCUCAUCAGCUGUUUACAAUUUAACCAAGCCUUUUUUACAAAAAAAAAUCACAUUUUGGAUCAAAAACAAUAGGUUGAAGGCGUUAAUUGUUUUUAAAAAAAGCAUGUUUGUUGUAGGCCUGCAUAAUCAUGGCCAAAAUUUCAACAUUUUUGCAACAAACAAAACUGAAUUUGUGAUGUUAAGUUGCUCAAAUGUUAGCCAUCUUUGGGGUCUACAGUAAGGUGUAAUUUCUUUAAGUCUUACUCAAGUUUUGCUAGUUAGCAUUCUAUAAUCACUGAACUCGUCACAUUCUUCUACUGUUCUAAAACCAGUCCUUGCUUCUAACAUUGAAACUGAUUUCUUAAAACUAAUUCAGGGAUGUCUAAGCCCUUUGACCUCUGGCAUUUGCCCUUUCUCUUUCUUACGAUCUCCCAUGAAGAACAUCUAGUUCUGAUGGAGAUUUUGAAAAGCUUUAUUUCUGUUUUGUUUACAAACUAUAUUUCUACUGCAUUUUUAGUUUGUAUAUUUGUUACAUAUGUAUUUUCUGUUGUAAUUGAAAGUUCUGAAAUCUUUUAAGAUGUUGGUAUGGGCUGAAAGGAGGAUUACUUGAAACAUGUCAAAUAAGGAUUUUUCAUGUUGUAAUAGAUUGGAGUUUUAGUUAUGACCAGUGUAGACAUUGUUGAAAGAUGAAUGACUGUGUUUUAAGCAAUAUCGAUAGAAGUGUGCAUUAUUGUGAAUAAGGUACACCAGCUAGGCUUAGGUGAAGCCCAUUGCAUAAAUCGUUUGUGCACAAUGUUCAAAAGGUGCACAAGUUCUAUUCAUUAAUGCAAUUGUGUAAAAUCUGUUCUGAAUUGAAAUAAGCGUGGUUCCUAAUGUUUAAUCAGAACUAGCCAGUUGUAUUUCAGGAAUACAUUUAUAUGCUCUUGAUACUUUGUGGAAUGGAUGCAUCUAGACAACCUCAAUUCCCAUGAAAUUCCAUGCAGUCAGACCUUUUCUUUCUUCCUGUUGAUUUCCAUGGAAUACUUCAUGCUGUGUCUCUUACUGGAUGCAGCUAUAAUUAAACAUCUUUUUUUAAGACUGCUGGAUUCUAGAAAUCUUUCAUUGUACAUUUGUGCACAAUGUUCUCCACUCAUAUUGCAGCUAAGACUUGAUUUUUAUUUUAAUGCAUCUAGCAUUUAGAGCCGCCAUAGAACAUUUAAUAUUUUAAUAAUUGGUGUUACAACUAAAAUGAUAUAGGCAAAUACAUAUCAAUGUGACCAGCAGACUUUAUUUUUUCAGCACAACAUCAUCACUGUUGUGUAUGCAUAGCAACAGAUUCAAAUGUGUAAGUGCCUAAAUUUGAGGAUUGUUAUGCACUCAAUAAGUUGACUCUUAAGAAAGCUGGUAUGUAUGAAUAACUGGUGAAGUUUAAUUGAGGAUAACUUCAUGCUUAGAUUAUCCUUGAACUUUUAGGCUAGGUGAUAAAUCCAAACGUUCAGGAAAAUCUUUCUGAUCAUCUCCAUUCUUCACCACACACUGUUCAUAUCUGUAUUUAAAAUUUAAUUUGUGGUAAGUAAUAAAUCAACAGGAAGUAAGAUUUUUCUAAAUCAAAUGCAAUGGUUUUGCUGUAUUCAAAUAGAGUAACUGGUUAUGAGGACCUACUGUACCACUGAAAUGCAGAAAAUUGGAUAUUUUGUUUGCUUUGUCAUUGAGGAAUUGUGGGAGUAGUCAAUCCUAGCUGGUUCUUGAUGAAGAUAUAAUGAAAUUAAGUGCAAUCCCUAAAAUAGUAGUUACAAUUCCUGCUAUGGGCAGAUUUAUUUUUAAAUAGAGAUGCUCCACUAGCCCCUAACCUCAAAAACACACCCAAGUGACUAACUGGAUCAGUUUUUUUGACGCUAUUCCCUCCUGUUUUAAAAUUGUCUUCCAAGUUAUUUUUCAAAAGAUUAUUUCUUGCAAGUUUCCCUAUUCCCUUGAUCAAUUUUAUAUAAAAUUAAUAUUUCAGUUGCAAAUAUUAAGAUAAACAUGAAAAUCAGAAUUAAAAAUUCUUGGAUGUUGUGUGGCCUCUUUGUAUCAACUUGGAUACAGCUAGCAUUAAGAAAUGGUGGUAACAAUGAUCCUUAUUGUAAAGGAAUAGUGUUGGCUGUGGAUUGCAGCAAGUAAGACCUAACAUUGUAGUGAUAUAUUUUGGGAGUUCAAGUCUGAAGCACAGUAAUAAUGGCAAAUCUAGGUUCUUCACCAUCUCUUGAUAAUGUCUAGAAGUCAUUGUUCCAAUGAAAAGGGGCAAGUUUCUGCUUUGAAGAAUACCACACGUAACAGCACCUUACUAAAAUCAUGAGUAAGAUGAGUUAGGUAAAUUCAUGUCCAUGCUAAUGGGAGAAGCUGAAGUUUUCAUCUAACCGGUUUUUGUUUAAUCCUUGGGUUAAUUUAACAUGAUGCUUUUUGUGGUGGAAAAUUAUUUUCAUCUGCCCUGUGCAGUAAUGCCUUUCAACUGUGCAAGAAGAAGUUACAACUGGCAAUAGAAAUGUACAGAUUGAUGUCAUGAUUGCAUAAAUGAGUAAUGCACCUGAUUCUGAACAUGAGGUUCAGUAGCUUACAGAUUCCGGUGGUUUAUUAUGCUGCUUACUUCCAGCAACUGUUAAUUUCAGGUUGCUUAAAAACCCUUGCAUUCAUCACUGAGUAACCAACCAAGUGUGUGCAUACAUUUUAUCGGGAACUUGGGGGUGGCAUACUAUAAAAUUUGAUUGAAUAUUCCAAUGAAAAGCCGUUAUAUACCUGACUAACUCAUCAAUGGGAACUUUAGCAAUGAUCCAGGUUAAAAACCUGAUAAGCUAAAUUCAGCUAACUUUUAAUAAAUUGGGAAGUUUACGUGUAUAGAACUUGAUAUUGCUAGUCACAAUUGCACUAAAUGUGAUGUAAUUUUGAAAUUAUUCUGGGAUAAAGUGAUUACACUAAAAGGGGAUUGUAAAGUAUUGAAACUUUUCUGGAAUGUAUAAACACAUCAUUUACAGGUUAAAAUAUGAACUUUUAUUUCAAAAUAUGUUGAAUGUGUAGAAUGUGGUAAGAGAUUUGUUUUAUGAAAGCUUUACAUCCUGAUUUAGCUUUGUGUACAGCAAAACACUGGUUUAUGUGUCUGUGAUGUUGGACUGUAAAACAGUUUUUCCAAUCAGCAAUGUGUAAAAGAUUAAGUUUAUAAAGUUUAAUUCCUCCAUGUUACACAAAUUAAAAUCCAGUAUUUAAAAAGUGAAAAGUAUUAAAACAUUAUAGAAGAU